UCUACACCCUUUCAUUCACUCUCUCUCUCUCUGACAUUUUCAGUGAUUUGCAGUCGUCUUGCAUUUCGGGUUUGAUUUUCUCGAGCACCCAAGAUGCGUGGAUUCGUCGCGGAGUUUGCGAUCCUGGCGCUCCUCUUGUUGAAUCUCUCGUGCCCGGCGCGAUCCGCCGGCGAUGCGCCUUCCCCGUCGCCUUCGUCGCCCAAAUCGUCGGCGCCGCCGCCGACGAGCACGGCCGCUCCUCCGACGAGUUCUCUCGCUCCUCCGACGAGUUCUGUCGCUCCUCCUGCCAAGUCUCCAGCGGCGGCAGCGCCGACAACUUCCUCCCCGCCCGCGUCUGCUCCGAAAGUUUCUCCGGCGAUGCCGACCGCUCCUUCGGUUCCACCCUCCACGUCCCCGGCCGCCGCCGCUCCUCCAUCCGGCGCGCCUGCUCCGGUUCAGUCUCCGGCCGCUGCUCCUCCGACGCCUCAGGCACCGGCUGCAGCGCCGGUGAGCGCUCCUACCGCGACCCCGGCGAGCGCUCCUACCGCGGCGCCAGCCGUUUCUCCGGCAUCAGCGCCGGUCAGUUCUCCACCAGUCGCGGAAGUACCAGCGAGCGCCGCUACUCCCGGGGCGGCCAGCAUCCCUUCAAGUUCGGCGACGCCUGCGGAGUCCCCCUCGAUAUUCCCGAGCACCGGAAGCCCGCCGAGCCCGACGCCGGAGACCAUAUCGCCCGACACCGCGGCGAGCCCGGUGAACGACGAUUCCGGCUCGAGUUCAACCCGAGCCAUGGUGAUUUUGAGCGGAUUGGCCGUGUGGACCGCCAUGGCUAUCUAGAGGAAGGAGCUAAGUUAAUAAUUAGUAACUUUUCCCACAUUAUUGUUCAUAUCGUACGUUGGUUGUCGGAAUUAACGAUUGUGAUUGUAGUGGAGCUGCUUGUUUGUAUUUACAUUGUUAAAUAAGCAUCCUCGUUUUGAUGGA